AAUUGAUAAACCUAACAAAGAGGUUUUAGGGUUACAAUCAGCAAUGGAGGAAGAGAGACAGAGCAUAUACAGAGUCGCAAGAACGAUAAAGAAGAAAGAUAACUCCCUCUACAACGCUCUACGUUCAAUCUACGAGGAUUCAAUAUUCGUCGGAGAGAUCUCGCAGCUAUGGCCGGAACUCCCUCUUAUCGCCAAUCUCCGAUGUGGUCUCUGGUAUUCUUCCAACUUCCAUUACACCUGUUACUUCAAAUCCACCGACGGACACAACAAUAACUGGUCCUUCAACACCUCUCGUCUCAAUCUCCAUGUUGCCUUACUCGCUGGGCAGAAAGGAGGAUGUAUGAUUGUUGAUUCAACUAGAAAAGGAAAGAGAUUUCCAGAUAGUAUGUCAAAAACAAUACCUAUCUGGACAUGUGUUUUGAAUCGAGCGAUUAUGAACUAUAGGAAGAGAUAUGAAGCGACUGAGAAUAUCAGCUCAAAUUGGGAUUGCUCUUUGCAUUUACCAUUAUGGGUUUCUAAAACGGAGAAAGCUUCAAUUGAAGAUCGAUUAGAAAGAUGGACUGAACAGUUGGAAGCUAGCGGGGCUGAUAUUGCCUCUUUGUCUUCUUCCUUGCGAAAGCCAUUGCGGGUUCUAUGGAUUUCGCAGAGGACUGUUAUCUGGUUAAAUGAAGUACCUGAUUAUGAUUCGUGGGAUUUUACACCUAUCAUACUUUUGUCUGCAUCUUCUACUAACAGCAAUUUUCAACAUAAGACUAACUCGGAAUUCAGUUGGACAUACAUAGCUGGAGCAGGUGAUGAUGAAGAAAGUUGGUCUAGAGGUUUAUCACCAAAACUAUUUUGGAAUAAUGUUUACGAUCUUAUUAGUUUCGGGCCUGAACUAUGCAAUCAGAAGGUAGCUGAUAUUGUUGAGAAAGACAGAGUUUAUCGUGCUCAAAGGGGACAUCAUGCUCCCCAGAUUUCAUUAAGAAGCAAUGCUUAUGUUUCAAUGGAAGAAAAAGAUGUUACUUUUGACAUUGCGAGCAAUUUGAAUUCUUCAGAUGAAAAUCAUACAAUAUUUUGGCUGGCAUCUACUAAUAUUGCUGUUGGUUCGUAUAAAUCAGCUGCAAAUGGGACUGAUUACGACUGCAUAUUGAACUGUGAUAGAGAAAUAAUCAAUGAUUCUUUUGAGAACUCCGAUUCACAUCUAUGCCUACCUGUGGUGGACUCAAAAAUGGACCGUUUUUCAUUAUCGAGACAUCUUCAAAGUGCAGUGAAUUUUGCGAAACUGAAUCUAAGAGAGCGAAAGAAGCUUUUGGUUUGUUGUAGUAAUGGAGAAGAUAUUAGCAUAUGUGUUUCAUUAGCAAUCUUGGCAUCGUUAUUCAGCGAUGAAGGAGAAUUUGACGACGGAAAAAAUUACAGUAAGAAGUGUAUUACGAAAGAUGAAAUGCGAAAACGGUUGGUAUUCAUUUGUAAAUAUGCGGUAAAUGCACGCCCUUCCAGAGGAAAUCUGAGACAGGUUUUCAAUUUUUUGACGAGCGAAUAUGUUAGUCCUCAUCCUUGACUACAUCAUGCAUUCAUACACAUUAUUCAUGCAAGAUCACCAGUGUUUGUCUGUAGGAAACAUAGAUCUUUGUUUUCUUUUUCUUCUAUAAUUUAUUAUUCAAUUAUAUAAUGCACAAGGGACCCUUUGUCCAUUUGAUUCAUCAUGAUGGUGCAUCAAUGAAAUUACUUUAAAAAAAAGAAGGGUUUUAAAGAUUGUAAUUUUUAGCUGAUCAAUCAGCAUCAUAUAUAUAGAUUAGGAUGCAUCAACUUUAACUUUGAUUCAUCAUCAUUUACAUAUUUAUCUUAAAUAGUGCAAAGUUACAAAGCAGAGUAACCCAAUAAAGUGAAGAACACAAUAAACCAGCUUUGAGUGGGAGUGUAUGGGAUUGCUUUUUUAUUUUUUGUUUUGAUUAUAAUUUGUUGACAAGACUAAAGAGUUUGUUUUUAGUGAUUUUAGCUUCUUUGUG